AACGCUUUGCUUAUUCACAUGGUUACCUAUUUUUAGAACAUGUCAAUGUCGGCUGCUACAGGCAAGUGACAACAAUUUACGUGCACGAAUGGCACGAAUGAGAGAUUCAAGUUUACUUUUUCUAUAACACAAGAAAAGAUUGAGAAAAGUGAUCAGCUAAUUUGUGUGCUUUUUAAUUUGAAGAUGGAUACUAAAUGUUAUGUUGAGGGUUGCAAAUCUGGACGUGAACCGUGCAAAGAAACAUUGUACUUUUUUAAGCCAAAAGAUAAGAACACUGUCGAGCUUUGGGAUAAAUUUAUUGGUCGUAAAGACCUAAAGUUGGAUACAAUUCAUUUGGUUUGUCACAAACACUUUGAGGAGGCAAAUAUUAUCAAAGUACCUGUCCAGCCACAGAAUCAAACUGGCCAGGCAAAUAAUGACAGACCACUGCCUCGUGAGAAACCCUGUGUAAAGCUUGCUGCUGGUGCAGUACCUACACUUUUAACUGGAAAGAUAGUAACAAAAGUAUAUCCCUCAAAGAUGGUUUUGGCAAGUUUACCACCAACAGUUACCAUUCCUCAAGUAGUUCAAAAAAGUGUUCAGCGUGAGCUUCCCCAGACUUUAAUUCUUAGACCAGUUCCAAGAGAAAAGGUCUUAAAUUCCAAGGAUGCUGUCAUCAGACCAAUUGUGAUUAACAAAACAAUGAAUUUACUUCAAAGUAAUGCUGUCCAAAUGUUGCAAAAGGUGCCACCAACAGCUCAACAAAUUACAACCCAGCAACCUUUAACAAACUGCCAGAAUGCUUUUAAUCAGCAGACUCCACCUGUGCGCCCUGUUAUUCAAAGAAUAGGCAAUAAUCCUGCUCAAAAAUUGGGAAAAGUCUCAUCAGCACCUCGUCAAAACAUUUUGAAUCCAAAAGAAGCGACCCUCCCAUUUUCGUGGUUUUGGCAAGAAGGAAGUCUAAAGGAACAAGAAUUCAUUUGCUCAAAAUUCAAAUGGUUGGAUGAAAACAAGUUCGAGUACACCAAAACUGUCAUCAUGAAUGGAGACACUGGUACCCUUCGUUACUUCCUUCGAGGUCAGGAAAUCCUAAGCGUAACUCCGUCUCCAUUCUCAACAAUCAAUCAGCUUAUCGAUCGUUUGCGAGUUUAUGACCAAAUUCCCGAGUGCAUGGGCUAUCCAGAACCGAAAUCGCAAAAAAAUUCCUCAUCGUCAAAUCUACAGGCUAAAGAAAAUGGUGAAACUCGGUCGAAAAAUUGUCUCUUGUUGGGUUCCAAGAAAAGCAAUUCUUGUCGAAAAUGCAUUGAAGAUGUUAAUCAAUUUAAAGAGAAUGUUCCUAGGCAGACAUCAAAUAGAUCGAAGAAAUCUUCCAACACUCAAACCACGUGUCAAGUCGCAUCAGAAUCACCUAUUACGCAUUCAAACGUUGAUGAAAACCAUGAAGAAUCUACCGAUUGUAUUAUUCUUACGGAUCUUAGUUACGGAGCAAUGAAUCCUCAGCUUGCACGAGACAAAAGAUCAGUCGACAGAAGUGUAGAAUCUCAUAACGGAGAAAUCCAUCAACUGGAAGGGCCAACUGUGCAAAAUAAAAGUAAAAAGCCGAAGGUAUCAAAACGUGAAGAUGACGAAAAUGACAUAAAUGACCUGGAGCUGGCGCAGCGCUUUUUGAAGAAGGAACUAACUCGAAAAAAAACGCUUAGGCAACAACUCCAUCGGGAUUUAGUGAAUCACAAAAAGCAUAAAGAAAUGGCUCGUUCUAUUUUAAAGGCAGCGGAAAAAUUGAAACAAAUAAUGGCCGAAAAAGCAAAACGACCUCGUGUCAAAUAUGUUCGCCCCUUAAUGCCAUGCGAGAAAUGCGGUAGAAUGGUAAGGGUUGCGCGAAUGAAAUUACAUCUUAAAAUUCACGAUGGAUACAAGCCCCACGUGUGCGAAGUAUGCGGUCGAGGAUUUGCUAAUAAAUCAGGUCUCAAAAGCCACUCUCGCUUCAAUCAUCUCGGAGUGCCUAAACCUUUCAUGUGUAGCACUUGCGGACACAUGUGUACAAAUAAGAAAACAUUGGAAAUUCACGAAAUGACUCACACCGAUGCAAGGCCGUUUUCAUGCUCAAUUUGCGACAAGACAUAUCGAUCAAAAGCCAAUCUUAAUAAACACAAAAGAUCUCAUACAGGCGAAAAGCCCUACACGUGCACAGUUUGCGCAAAGUCGUAUUCUCACAGUAAAUCCCUUAAGAAACACUUUAGCAGACAUCAUGAAAAUGUGGGACCUGACGGCACCAUCGAUCCACAUAUAGGAUAUACGCGGAGGAAAGCUGGUCCAACAAGCGAUAAACGUCACUCGUGCACCAUUUGUGGAAAAGCCUACUUUGAGAAACAAGAAUUGUUAAGACACGUCAAAAGAUUUCACGAAAAUGGAGGAACUCCAAUAAAUCGAGGAACACGAACACGAAUCGUAGUCCCACGUUAUCACUGCGAGGUUUGCCAACAAAAAUUUUGCCGCGUCUUGGCUUUUGAGAGACACCGUGCGACUCAUACGGGUGCUUCUGUUGGCGCUCCUUGUGGGCAACCCGACUGUGAUUUUACGUACUCAAAUCUUAAGCAGCUUAAGGAACAUUUGAUUGAACGUCAUCCCGAGAAAGUAUUUCAUUGCGAAUUGUGCGACAAAGUUUUCUUGACGCAAUUAAAUCUAACUCUCCAUCAGUUUGUGCACAAUCCUGCGCAAGGGUUUCAGUGUACCUCUUGCCCUUUAAGAACGUCGACAAUGCACGCUCUAUCGAGACACGAAAAAAUUCAUAUGCGGGAAAGAAAUCAAGAAUGAAUCAACGAAUGCUGAAUGGAGUGAGAAGAAAAAGAAACUAUGAAAUUUAAA